AUGUCUGGACUUCUCACUCCUCCUUAUGGUGUUAUGGAAACUGGCUCCAACAAUGACAGAAUGCCAGAUAAGGACAAUACACCUCUUAUUGAACCUCACAUCCCACAUCGUCCUACUAAAACCAUUACACAGGUUCCUUCAGAAAAGAUCCUCAGAGCUGGAAAGAUUUUGCGGAAUACGAUUCUGUCCCGGGCCCCUCACAUGAUAAGAGAUCGUAAAUACCAUCUGAAGACGUACAGGCAAUGCUGUGUGGGGACAGAACUAGUUGAUUGGAUGAUGCAGCAAAGUCCUUGUGUCCAUUCACGAACCCAGGCUGUUGGCAUGUGGCAAGUAUUGCUGGAAGAAGGUGUUCUUAAUCAUGUGGAUCAGGAACACUACUUUCAAGACAAAUACUUAUUUUAUCGAUUUUUGGAUGAUGAGUGUGAAGAUGCCCCUUUGCCAACUGAAGAAGAGAAAAAAGAAUGUGAUGAGGAGCUACAGGACACUAUGCUUCUUCUGUCUCAGAUUGGGCCAGAUGCUCAUAUGAGGAUGAUUCUCAGAAAACCGCCUGGCCAGAGAACUGUAGAUGACUUAGAAAUUAUAUAUGAAGAACUUCUUCACAUUAAGGCCUUAUCUCAUCUUUCUACCACAGUAAAGCGAGAAUUAGCAGGUGUCCUCAUUUUUGAGUCACAUCCCAAAGCAGGAACGGUCUUAUUUAAUCAGGGAGAAGAAGGUACUUCUUGGUACAUUAUCUUAAAGGGAUCAGUAAACGUAGUCAUUUAUGGCAAGGGUGUGGUAUGUACUCUACAUGAAGGAGAUGAUUUUGGCAAGUUAGCACUUGUGAAUGAUGCUCCGAGAGCAGCAUCCAUUGUUCUGCGUGAAGACAACUGCCACUUCUUGAGAGUAGACAAGGAGGACUUCAACAGGAUCCUUAGGGAUGUGGAAGCAAAUACAGUAAGACUCAAAGAACAUGACCAAGAUGUCUUGGUGUUGGAGAAGAUCCCAGCAGGAAACAGAGUUUCUAAUCAAGGAAAUUCACAGCCUCAGCACAAGUAUGUUUUCAUUCAAUAG